CCGGGCCCCGGGGCAUAAAUAGGCCGGGCUCCAGUCACUUUGCGCAGAGCCCUCAGGGAGAUCAGCCUCCGGGACCCAGCGCUCAGCCUACCCGCUCCCGCGUGAGCGCCCAGCCCAGGCCCGCCUCCGGCCCGCUUCCCCAUGGGCAGCCCCGGCUCCCGACAGGGCCUCGCGGCCCGCGCCCGUCCGGGCCUCGCCUGCUGCUAUCUCCUAGCUCUCUUGGCCCUGGCCUCCGCCUGCUUCAUCCAGAACUGCCCCAAGGGCCGGAAGCGCUCGGCGUCAGACGUAGACAUGCGCAAGUGCCUCCCCUGCGGCCCCGGAAGCAAAGGGCACUGCUUCGGACCCAACAUCUGCUGCGGGGACGAGCUAGGCUGUUACGUGGGCACAGCUGAGACCCUGACGUGCCAGAAAGAGACCUACCUGCCCUCCCCGUGCCAGUCUGGCCACAAACACUGCGGGAGAAGAGGGUUCUGUGCGGCCGCCGGGAUCUGCUGCAGCAUAGAUGGUUGUGGAAUGAAUUCUGCCUGUGGUCAAGAACCUAUCUUUUCCUAGGCCUGGAGGAUCCAGAUAGAUGGAGUAGCUCCUUUCUUCUCCCCCUCCCUUCUGGUGAGAGGAAGGAGUGUGUGUGAGCCUCAGUCCUGGGAAUUCUGUUUUGUUUAGGAAAUUGUUCUGUCCCACUUGCCAAAUCCCUCUCUUCCUGCAGUAAAAUGCAUAUAAAGGAUAUAUAAACCAGCUACUAUUUAAAAA